AAAUAUACAUUGCUCGACAAUGAUUUCUCCCUACCAACAGGUGGCGCUCGAAGCGGCAGGUUCCCUGGCACCGCGAUUCUACUGCUAUGUCAGAUGACAGAAUAAAACGAUAUGAAAAAAUCGACUUUCUGGGCGAAGGACAGUUUGCCACAGUUUACAAGGCCAGGGACACGCAAAGCGGAGAUAUUGUAGCAGUAAAAAAGAUCAAGGUGGGAACAAGAGCAGAGGCAGCUGAUGGCAUCAAUAGGACAGCUCUCAGGGAGAUCAAACUCCUUCAGGAACUCAGUCACAAACACAUCAUUGGGCUCCUGGAUGUUUUUGGUCAGAAGUCCAAUGUUAGCCUGGUGUUCGACUUCAUGGAAACCGAUCUUGAGAUAAUAAUCAAAGACUUGACUAUAGUGUUGACAUCACCCCACAUCAAAUCCUACAUUGUUCAGACACUCCUUGGCCUGGAGUAUCUACACACUCACUGGAUACUGCACAGGGAUAUGAAACCAAACAAUUUACUCAUUAAUGAACAUGGAGUGUUAAAGAUUGGUGAUUUUGGCCUGGCAAAAUUCUUUGGAUCACCAAGUCGUCCAUAUUCUCAUCAGGUUGUAACAAGGUGGUAUCGGUGUCCAGAGUUACUGUUUGGAGCAAGAUUCUACAGCACAGGUGUUGACAUAUGGGCUGUAGGAUGUAUACUUGCAGAGUUGUUAAUUCGGGCCCCAUUCCUACCUGGAGAUUCUGACCUGGAUCAACUCAGCCGAAUCUUUCAGGUGCUUGGCACACCAGGGGAGGAGGACUGGCCGGACAUGCAGCAUCUCCCCGACUUCAUCAAGUUCAAGCAGUAUCCACGACAACCACUGAAAGACAUCUUCAUAGCUGCUGGUGAUGACCUCCUGGAGGUGAUGGACAAGAUGCUGGCCAUGGACCCUCUCAAACGCUGCUCAGCAACUGAGGCUUUGAAAAUGCCCUACUUCAGUAACAAGCCUGCCCCAGCUGCUGGUUCCAAACUCCCUCGUCCCGGCUCCAACAAGAUUGUGAACCAAGAGCAGGAGAUACUGAGAGCAGGCAUCAAGAGGAAGCAGCAGCAGGGGGAGUCCACUGGACUUGCUAAGAAGCUCGUGUUUUGAUGUGCAUCUUCCCCCCGAGAUGUUUUGGGGGGAAUGUGAAGGGUAUUUUUUAUUCCUGCAAAAAGACAGACAUGAUAAAGUGCUCAUUAUUUUAGGUAACACAUUCAUAUUCAUGUCAAUGCCUUCUUUGUUAUGUUAAAGAUUUUGGUUAUUUCCUAAAACCAACAAAACAAUCUUUUCAUCAUAUUUACCAUUCUCUAGGCUCGCAAAAUAUUGCAGAAACAUUUCCCAGAGAUCUGCCCUUCUUAUGAUAAUACCAAUUAUCAUUGGGUUGUUUUCUUUCAAUGGUCUAAAAAUUGUAUAUCAACAUGCAUAUACCCUAUUUGAGAGAUGCAACUGGAAUAUAGAAUGAAUGUUACUGAUAAUGUUGGCUUUUUCAACAUGCAAACUAUAGGAGAAAACACAUGAGCUUUCUCGAUGUCUCAUUAUUGAGUUCAAUCCUAAUAUACAAUAUCCAGCAAUCCAGGAGACCUGCCAGUGGAAGUCACUCAUCCCAUAUCUAUCUGACUCAUUCUAACUUGCUGCAGGAAAGCAGUUCCAGAUGUUAUUUAUUUUUCGAGACAUUUUGUUGUCCUUGCUGGUAUGUGAUGGGCUAUGCUGUGGAUGAGCAUGUGUACAUUGUGUGAACAUGAUGAAUGACUGAAGUGUAUCUCCCACUUGUUCCUGUCAAUAAAUCAUAUUAGUUUUUAA